AUGAAGAGAAUCGUAACAGUGAUAGGAAAUAAAAGAUCCUUCAGCGAAGACGGUCAUGAUUCAUUGAGAUCAAAGAGACUGUGCAUGUCUGUUGAAGGACAAGGAUUCAUCGAAAGAAAUGAAGGUGGAACAUGGCAGUCACGUGGGCUUUCCCUGGAGAGAAGACGAGAAAUUCACAGAAAUGGAGGAAAAAGUCGUGGGGAGGCUGGACUUCAACAAAAAAGAGAUCCUGAGCCUCUCAAUUACAUGGCAUUGGAUAAAAUCUGCAAUUCAAACUCUCCUGAUGAAGGCAUAUUGGAUCUCUUCAACAAUUCUAAACGAUUUGAGGCUCUGCUAAAGACAGAAACAAUACGACCCGAUCUGAUGAAGCUUGUUAUUCGAGCCAUACACAUGUGCUGCUCACCAAAUGAUAAGAAAGAGAUUGCUAACAAAAUGCUACGUAUGGUAAUUAAAACAAAUUUCCUGCAAUUGCAUCUUACUAAGUUUAUCAGCCAAAUGUCCGACGUCUCAGAGCUUGGUGACAAUCGCCAGCUUGAUAAACUGGUCCUGCUGUUAGCAGAGGUUUUCCUGGAGUUGUUGCAGAGAUUUGAACAGAACAUUAUUCACCUCGUUCCCAGUGCCCAACUGAAUGAGACGGUGGGAGAUCUGAAGAGUAAGGGUCUCCUUGAAGACGCAGAGACGUUGGAGAAGAAGCUUCAACAGGUCAAGGAGUACAAAGAUGAAAUAAAUCGCCGGAAAACAACUCACCCAGACGAGUCUCAGCUAACUCCACCCGAGGAUUUUCGCAAUAUGAGCGUGAUCCCAGGAGUAGCUGAUUUAGAACCCCAUAACAAGCCGUUUCUUCGUAAAAAUGUUGUUGAUGGAAGGUACUUAGACCAGGAGCACUAUUUAGACGUGCAAUUUCGACUUUUAAGAGAAGACUUCAUCUUACCUCUUCGCAAUGGAAUAAAACAGCUUAAACGGGACCGCAGUCCCAUGGCAGCAAAUGACCCAAGCCACGACAAACGUACGCGAGACGUUCCUGUGUACCGCGACGUCACAAUCUUAUACCCUGUAUGUAGUGGAAAGGGAAUGGUUUACAGAAUCCGGUUCGACUCGUUUCACCCGGAUAUACGUCGGGUGAAAUGGGAGAAGAAGAGCAAGCUUUUCAAGUUUGGCUCCCUCCUUUGCCUUUCAGCCGAUGGAUUUCGCAAUCUUCUAUUUGCGACCGUGGAGAAUCGAGAUUCACGCGAUCUUUGUGUUGGCGAGCUUGAAGUGCGAUUUGAAGAAGCUAAUCUUGAAAUCCUGAAUCAAUUCAUCGAAGAUAAAAAGAAAUUUGAUAUGGUAGAAUCCCCUGCGUUCUUCGAAGCCUACAGACACGUUUUAGAAGGCUUGCAAGGAAUUAAGGACGGUGAACUUCCGUUUGCAGAGCAUAUCGUUCAAUGCGACCAAGAUGUGAAGCCACCUGCUUAUGAAAACAAAACCAGUGGUUUUUUCGACAUGAGUGGAAUAAUAGAAAAGGGAGUGGACUUGACAAUAUCCAAAGUUAGGAACGCCAUGGAAAACAUGGAAACUGAGUCAGUUUCCAGGGAAGACAAUGUCAUCUCCGAUUAUCGUGAUUUAGUAAAUCGUGAUUGGGAGUCGAAUACCGAAGAUGCCGAGUGGAGUAUGCCUGAUCUCGAGUUGCUUUCCGAAGAAAAUUCAGCCAGUUCGGGCCGCGAUUUGGACUACGUUGCCACAGAUGAGCUUUUAAUUGAUGAUAACGAAGGUUCCAGUGAAGGAACUCCGGCAGACGACCGACCUGCUGGUGUCUUGAAUAUCUACGACUUGGAACUCAAUCCAGAAGACCUGGGCUUUAAUAAGUCGCAGAUGAGCGCGUUCAAAAUGGCACUGACCAAAAAUUUUGCGGUCAUACAAGGCCCACCAGGUACUGGGAAGACGUACGUUGGUCAGAAGAUAGCACGUGUUUUGCUACAAAGCGGCACCCUGCGGCAGAACGAAAAUGAACCGUCGCCAAUUUUGAUGGUGUCUUACACGAAUCACGCCUUGGACGAUUUCUUGAGUGGUCUUCCGAGAGAAGGUAAGGAAGUAAACAUUUUUGCAAUCUGCGAUCCUCUUCUUCUCUGAAAAAAAUACCGAAAUAUAAUAUAUCAGCUCUUCUCGAAUCUUUACGGCGGUAAUUUAAAAUUUAAUAGAGAAGUCUCGAUUGAAGGUCGAAAGUAAUCUAGAAUUGCAUUGACUUUGUCUUAAAGCACAAAACCAAUAUAAUCAGAAACCAAUCCUAACUCAUCAUGACUCGAUCGUUUGCACGUUUAGAUCUGUUGCAAUUGUUUUCUUGAAGUUCCCAUUGGUUCUUUGUGAUCUUUACCUUUUUGAUUGAAUGUUGUUGAUAAUCUGAUUUUUGUUUUGCAACACUCGAGGGGAGAGUGCUCUAAUCAACAAGGAGUUUCUCUCUCCCUCUACCAGCCCUUUGAUUUCUUUCAGACCUGAUCACUUUACCCUCGCGCUUUUUGAUCGAGUGUUUUUUUGAUAGGACUGUUGUUCUUCUAAAUAGGAGAUUGCUGCGAGAAAAAUAUAUGUAUUUUUACCUAGGCGUUUGAUGAACGUGCAUUAAUGAUGAUAAUUCUAAGACCUUGAUCUGGAAUGUCUGCUCCCAUCAGGUAUCGUGCGUGUUGGUGGACGCAGCAGUAAAACGUUGAAAGACUGCACCCUGAAGGACCGGCGCGAGCAAACGGCUUCCAACAAGCUUACUCCAUUAGAAAUAUACAGGGCAAGAAAAAACGCUCAAUGGGAGAUCAAAGAGCUAAACAAAGAUGGAUCCCUGGACCUCUGUGUUGCUGUCCUGAAGUACUCCAGAAGGAAGAUUCUGGCCUUUCGCAUACUGGAGAAGUUCAUGUCACCUCGUCAUGUCAAGUGGUUUACAGAGUCGCAAGAAAACAAGGAUUUACUGUUGUGUAAAUGGUUAGACUUGCGGUACGAAAUCAAGCGGAAGGGUUCCAAGAGCAAUGGACAUGAUAUGGACAGGUACAAAUAUUUUCAUCUGCGGGAGUCAGCUCGGAAUUUCUCGAACGAAGAGGAUUACGAAGACAUCGAGGAAGACGAAGAGGUGAAGCCAUCAGAGGCGACUAUCAGCACAACUGAAGACACUACAGCACCGCUUCAACUUCGCAGAAAACUUCUAAGAGAAGAAGCCAUGAGUGAACGCGAAGAGAGAAAUAGUCAGUACGACCUCUUAGGAUUUUCGCGAUUUCAACGAUGGAAUCUGUACAGGUCGUGGCUUCAAAAAGCAGAGAAAUACUACAUGAAGAAACUUCAGAGCAAACAGCCAGAUUACGAAAGAGCAUUGGCGCGUAAGUUUGAAGUGAUGCUCGAGGAAGACUUUCAUAUUCUUCAAAAUGCGAAGAUCAUUGGAAUGACUACUACUUGUGCCGCCAAAUACCGCCGCACACUUCAGCGGAUUCGUCCUAAAAUUGUAAUUGUUGAGGAAGCCGCUGAAGUAAUGGAGGCCCACAUAAUUACGUCACUGACCAAAGACUAUCAGCAUUUGAUUUUGAUUGGUGAUCACAAGCAACUAAGACCUAAGCCGGAACUUUACGAAUCAGCCAAGAAGUACUAUCUGGAUGUGUCCCUGUUUGAGCGAAUGGUGAAUGUGGGUCUUCAGUGUGAGACCCUCAACGUACAGCAUCGUAUGAGACCUGAAAUUGCCGCCUUAAUGAAACAUAUCUAUGACGAUCUCGAGAAUCACGAGUCGGUAGAGAAAUAUGAAGACAUCAAAGGAAUCAAGAAGAACAUGUUCUUCAUCAACCACAGUCAUUUGGAGAAUCCUUGUGAAGAUUCCCACAGUCACGUGAAUGACUACGAGGUUAAGUUUGUGGUGGCCUUGUGUCGUUAUCUGUUGCAGCAAGGUUAUGAAGCCCAUCAAAUUACCCUUUUGACAACAUAUACGGGACAAAUGUUUGCCAUCAGAGACUGCCUUCAAGAAAAAGGAAUUGAAGAGCUCAACCAAGUGCGCCUGACAACAGUCGACAACUUUCAAGGUGAAGAAAACGACGUCAUUCUUCUCUCACUCGUGCGGAGCAACAAAGAUGACCAGGCUGGCUUCAUCAAGAUGGAAAACCGUGCAUGUGUGGCGCUCUCUCGUGCUAGAAAGGGCUUCUACUGUAUUGCAAACUUCACCCUUCUCUGCAAACACAGUGAAGUCUGGAGCAAGAUUAUUGACGAUUUGAAAGCGAGUGAUAGCUUUGGCGCGUCCUUACCCCUUAGCUGUCAAAGCCACAAUGAAGAGAUCACAGCAGAAACAGCCGAAGAUUUCGUAGAGAAAGCUCCCAACGGGGGAUGUCAGCGUCCUUGCGAAGUGCGCCUGGAUUGCGGUCAUGCUUGCAAACGAUCAUGUCAUCCAUAUGAUGUCGAUCACUUGGAGUAUCAGUGUGGAGAGCCGUGCGUCAGGAAAAUCGUUGGUUGUGACCACACGUGUUCAAAGGUUUGCUGGGAGAAAUGUGACACAUUCUGUCAAGAGGUGGCGGAGAAGACUUUACCAUCCUGUGGGCAUAAGACAACCGUCAGAUGCGGCAGGGAUUUGAAGAAUGUAAAGUGCGAAGAACAAUGCGAUAAAAUUCUACCCUGUUCCCACCGCUGUCAGAGCCGCUGCGGUCAACCUUGCACAAGAAAAUGCCAAGAGCUUGUCAGGAGAACAGAUUGGCCAUGUGGACAUGGAGAAAAUGUUGCCUGCUCAGCAACUCCAGUAGAAUGCCCAGCCCUUUGUGGGGCCACUUUGGAAUGCGGCCACUCGUGCCCUGGGAACUGCGGGGAGUGUCGCAUGGGUCGAGUUCACAAGCGGUGCAAGAAAAGGUGCAAGCGUCUCCUAGUUUGUUCUCAUGAAUGCCUGGCAUCAUGCACAAAAUUCUGCCCACCAUGUAGGAUGUCAUGCGAAAACCGUUGUAGGCAUUCGGAGUGCAAACACCCUUGUGGUGAGGCGUGCAAGUCUUGCGCAGAAAAGUGCAACUGGGAAUGCUUACAUUACAGAUGUAGCAAGUUUGUGUGGUGA